CGCGUGUCAGUGACUCGGUGUGCGCGCGCGGCAGACGCCUCUCGUGAGCUGAGCGCAGUGCAUGUGAAAUAAGGCUCAACAGUGAAAGUCAUUUUGCGUGUUUAACGGGUCGGUGUCGGUGUUCUGUCAUCAUGCACGUGGACUUUGAGAAGCUGCGGAUGAGCGGCGCGGGUAAAGCCAUCGCGGUCCUGACGAGCGGCGGAGACGCGCAGGGUAUGAACGCAGCUGUUCGUGCUGUAACACGCAUGGGCAUUUAUGUGGGUGCUAAAGUGUACCUCAUAUAUGAGGGUUAUCAAGGGCUGGUGGACGGAGGCGAUCACAUCAAACUCGCCAACUGGCAGAGCGUCACCAACAUCAUUCAACUUGGUGGCACCGUCAUUGGCAGUGCCCGCUGUAAGGCUUUCACCACACGAGAGGGUCGACUGGCGUCUGCGUUUCACCUGCUCCAGCGCGGCAUCACCAAUCUGUGUGUUUGUGGAGGAGACGGCAGUCUGACCGGAGCCAACAUCUUCCGCAGCGAGUGGAGUGACCUGCUGGCCGAGCUGGUGAAACAAGGGCGGAUCACAGACUCUCUGGCGCAGCAGUACACACAUCUGAACCUCGUGGGUCUGGUGGGGUCUAUUGAUAAUGAUUUUUGUGGAACUGACAUGACGAUUGGAGCAGAUUCUGCCCUUCAUCGAAUCAUGGAGGUUAUUGAUGCCAUCACCACCACUGCGCAAAGCCAUCAGAGAACUUUUGUCCUGGAGGUGAUGGGACGCCACUGCGGGUAUCUAGCGGUGGUCUCAGCUCUGGCGUCCGGUGCUGAUUGGCUCUUUAUUCCAGAAGCUCCACCAGAGGACGAUUGGGAGGAUCACAUGUGUGCUCGACUGGGAGAGAGUCGCAGUAAAGGUUCUCGUCUGAAUAUCGUGAUCAUCGCAGAAGGAGCCAUCGACAAACAAGGGAAGCCGAUCUCUUCAAACUACGUUAAAGAUCUGGUGAUUAAGAGGUUGGGUUACGACACACGUGUCACUGUGUUGGGUCAUGUUCAGAGAGGUGGAACGCCGUCUGCGUUUGACAGAGUUCUGAGCAGUAAGAUGGGUGUGGAGGCCGUGGUGGCGCUGCUGGAAGCGACUCCUGAGACGUCUGCGUGCGUGAUCGGUCUGUCGGGGAAUCAGGCCAUGCGUGUGCCGCUGAUGGAGUGUGUCAAUAUGACCAAAGAGGUUCAGAAAGCCAUGAAUGAGAAGAGGUUCGAGGAAGCCAUUCAGCUGCGGGGAAAGAGUUUUGAGAACAACUGGAACACAUACAUACUCUUAGCUCACCAGAAGCAAGCUCAGUCACAGAGUAAUUACUCGAUGGCCAUUCUGAACAUCGGCGCUCCGGCCGCAGGGAUGAACGCCGCUGUGAGGUCAGCAGUCAGGGUGGGACUCGCUCAGGGUCACAGAGUUUACACGAUUCAUGACGGGUUUGAGGGUCUGGCCAAUGGAGCGGUGACUGAGGAUCACUGGCAUGAUGUAGCAGGAUGGACGGGACAGGGGGGCUCGCUGCUGGGCACCAAACGAACUCUUCCAAACACCUGCAUGGAGAACAUUGUGGAGAACAUAAGAAAGUACAGCAUUCAGUCUCUGCUGGUGAUCGGUGGAUUUGAGGCGUACGAAGGUGUUCUUCAGCUCGUGGAGGCUCGUGGUCAUUAUGAUGAGCUCUGCAUCCCCAUGUGUGUGAUUCCAGCCACCAUCAGUAAUAAUGUGCCGGGAACAGACUUCAGUUUGGGCACAGACACCGCCGUGAACGCCGCCAUGGAGAGCUGUGAUAAAAUCAAGCAGUCUGCAUCCGGAACCAAACGCCGCGUCUUCAUCGUGGAAACCAUGGGGGGAUAUUGCGGUUACCUGGCAACCACCACUGGCAUCGCCGUGGGGGCGGAUGCUGUGUACAUCUAUGAGGAGUCGUUCAACAUCCACGAACUGGAGACAAACGUGGAGCAUCUGAGAGAGAAGAUGAAGAACGAUAUUCAGCGCGGACUCGUGUUGAGGAAUGAGAAGUGUCACAAACACUUCACCACAGAUUUCAUCCAUAAUCUCUACUCGGCGGAGGGGAAGGACGUCUUUGACUGCAGGGUGAACGUUCUGGGUCACCUGCAGCAGGGUGGAGUGCCCACACCGUUUGACAGGAACUUUGGCACUAAACUGGGAGUGAAAUCUGUGUUGUGGCUCACAGAGAAGAUGAAAGAUACUUACAGACAGGGCCGUGUGUUCGCGAACGCUCCUGAUACGGCCUGUGUGAUCGGCAUGAAGAAGAAAGUGAUGUCAUUCAGUCCCGUCACGGAGCUCAAAGCACACACAGACUUUGAGCACAGAAUGCCGAAGGAGCAGUGGUGGCUGAACCUGCGGCCCAUGUUGAAGAUGUUGGCGAAACAUCAGACCAGCUUUGACGAGUAUGUGACAGGAGAGAUUGAACAUCUGACCCGUCGAUCCCUCAGCAUCGAGACUGGAUUUUAAGAGCUCAACAAACUUCACUUCCAGAUGAACCCUGAAGAUCUCUUGAGUCCUGCUGCUUACUGUACUUUUAUAGCCACACAGUCAUUAACAGAACGUGGUGCUUCCAUAAGUGUUUAUUCAUUAACAACACAUUUCAAAAGAAUACAAAUGUGUAAUAAUGUGAUGUUGUGUAAGUGCUUCGAUUCCUUCCAUGUGCCUUUGUCUUGUACUUGUUAGUUUUGAACUGCUGUAACAUUUCCUUAACAAAUGUGAAAUACCAUAAUGAAAAUAUUUGCUUUAUAUUUUAUUACUUGUGAUUUAUAUUAUCCAAUUUCUAAUACUUUCAAUCGGAAUUUGAAAAAAAUUGUUAUAUGUGCACUAAGACACAAAGCAAUGAAAUGGUUAAAAAUGGUUUGUUGUGUUACUGAAGGAAGUUUGUUGAAGUUUCUGAUGUUUUUGAAUCACUGGUUUGUGGUGAAACUGUGUUUUCUUGCGCAUGUUUGGGAUUAAAAGUGUUUAAUUAUUUCCAAUUCA